AUGCCAGAAGCAAGAGCCACUGUCUCUACUUAUCAUCAAUAUGCUUGGAAAGAAGGGAAGGAUCGAAUCAUAUUUGUGACCAGAGAAGACCACGAAACUCCAAGCAAUGCAGAACUGGUGGCUGAUGACCCCAAUGAUCCAUACGAGGAGCAUGGGUUGAUACUGCCAAGGGGAGACACUCACUGGAACUGCCCGUGCCUUGGGGGAAUGGCCAGCGGCCCCUGUGGGCCACAAUUCAAGUCUGCCUUCUCCUGCUUCUACUAUAGCACAGAGGAUGUCAAGGGAUCAGACUGUGUAGACCAGUUUCGGGCCAUACAGGAAUGCAUGCAGAAAUACCCCGACCUCUAUGCCCAAGAUGAUGAGGGGGAGGAAGAGGAGAAGAAGCCAGUAGAACGUAUAGAAGAAAUGGCGCCCACUGAGUCUGCUGCAACCAAAGAAGAGAAGGGGUCGAGUUAA